UCCAAGUUCGAAGAGACGGCUAACUUAGCAACACUCGGUGUGUGUCCGGUGGAGUCGAACAUGUUGAGGGACCUGAUAAGGGAGCGACUCAUGGCGGCAGCUGAUGAAAUAUUCGGCCUGCUCGAAAGAACGAUGGCGUCCUACGAGGAGGAACUUUGUCGAACGAAAGAACAGAACGAGCGACAACGACGACAACUGGAAGGUGCUAGCAAGACUCACACCGGGCGACGAAUCGAGGACGUCCAGCAGCUGGUUGCUGCUCAAGGAGUUUCCCUUCAGCCGCAGUGGGGCCGCUCUGCUUUGAAGCGGGAGGAUCCCCGGCCCCCCAGCGUUAAAAAGGAAGAGGGUCCCCGGCCCCCCAGCGUUAAAAAGGAAGAGGGUCCUCGGCCCCCCAGUGUUAAAAAGGAAGAGGGUCCCCGGCCCCCCAGCGUUAAAGAGGAAGAGGAUCCCCGGCCCCCUAGCGUUAAAAAGGAAGAGGGUCCCCAGCCCCCCAACGUUACAGAGGAAGAGGGUCCCCAGGCCCCCAACGUUACAGAGGAAGAGGGUCCCCAGGCCCCCAACGUUAAAGAGAAAGAGGGUCCCCAGCCCCCCCACGUUAAAGAGGAAGAUGAGGAGCUAAGCAUCAGUCGGGAGGGAGAGUGUCUUCUCGGGCCGGAGGAGGCCGAUCUCACUGAGCUGCCAAUCACCGGUGUCUCUGUGAAGACGGACGGCCAAGAAGAGAAACCACGAGCAGACCACCUCUUGGCUCCGCUAUCAGAUCGUGACGCCACACCUCCUGAGGCCCAAGAACCUUUGAGCAGCGGCGAUGUUUGGACUCACACUGGCAACAAACGCCCUGAAUGCUCACGAACGGAGACGGGUAAAAAGCGCUUGACCUGCUCGGUUUGCGGCGAGAGCUUUUCUUUUAAGAGCUAUUUGACCCGACACAUGUGGACACACACGGGAGAAAAACCGUACAGCUGCUCAGUUUGCGGUAAAAGAUUCCCUCGCAAGUCAAACAGCGUGAGACACAUGAGGACUCACACGGGAGAAAAACCUUUUCGCUGUGCAUUUUGUGGUAAAGGAUUCUCUCAGAAUACGGUCAUGAUAUCACACAUGAGGACGCACACUGGAGAAAAACCCUUUAGUUGCUCAUUUUGUGGGAAAAGAUUCUCUCGUAAGGCGUAUGUGGUGUCACACAUGAGAACGCACACGGCAGAAAAACCAUACUCUUGUUCACUUUGAGUUAAAUCGUUCACACAGCACACCAACGUCUUGUGGGUAGGAUAUCAAAACGUGAGUGCAAUAAAUUGGACAAUGACUUUUUUGGACUACUUUUGUCCAAUGAAAAUACAUCUACGGCUGUAUUUUAUCCAUCAGAGAAUGAUGUAUUAUCUUGUUUUUUUUCUAAAAUGAAUAAGCUAAAGAGAGUAAUAGAAUGGGUAAAGUGUCAAAAUUUGAUGGAUGGCCCCCUGGGGAAACCAGGUGACCUUUUGACCCCGGUAUGUUUUUCCAACCCUGUCAAAAUGACAUUUAUGACCCCCCAGGGCACCCCAUGGGCGGCAUCGCAUGUGAUUUAUGACCCCCCAGGGGUGACAUUGUUUCCUUUGCUGUCGAUAUGACACCAUCGCAUGUGAUUUACGACCCCCCAGGGGCGAUAUCGUUUCCUUUGCUGUAGAUAUGACGGCAUCGUCUUGUGAUUUACGACCCCCCAGGGUGGCAUCGCACCCGCCGCCGCAGCUGUAUCAGGAUAUGACGUCAUCACCCAGCCAAGGCCUAGCAUCAAAAACACCGGAAAUCAAAGGAUAAUUCGGAUUAAA